CCCCACCCCGGGGCGGGGGCUGGAGCGGGACAUUCCCGGUGCCCUCCAGGGACAGCCAGGGAGGUUGUCCGACCCGGGAGGUCCCCGUUGUCGCGGUUACCAGGAGACAGAGUCGCGUUCCACGGGCACAUUCCAGCUUCCGGGCCUGCUGGGAAGGCCCCGCACCUCCAGUGCACCUCCAGCCAUGGCGUAGCGCCGUGCCUCGGGCCAUUCCCGCCGCCAGGGGCCCAUUCCCAGAGCCAGGAUGCCGUCCCUGCCGCAGGACUCGCCCGCCUCGGGAUUGGGGACGGGGUUCCCCAUGGUGAGGGGCCCCCCCUCCGAGCUCAGGGAUUUCUACGUCACCACCUACCAGGCGGCCUUCGGGAAGAGGCCCACGGGGACACCCCAAAAGCUGAAGGAAGGGCGCGUUUCGGGGAUCGAGCCCCCCGGUGACGGGAGCAUCCGGCCCCUCCUCGGCGUCCACACCGGCUCGGGAUACGUGGUCAACAACUACUCAUCGCUCAGAUCCCUGAUCUCCCCGCACGUGGAGCGCCACGACACCGACGUGUCCACCACCUCCGAGGACUUCAAGGUCUUCGGGCGCCCGGAUUACCAAAGGAUGUUGCCCGAGCAUGUGGAUGAGCCGCAGUGUCCAUAUCCCACCGGCUUCUCCUUUUCCCGCCUCCGUUUCGGGGAGGUGAAAGCCCCGAAAGCAUCCGGGGAAUACGGCACCCAGAGCCACUGUGCCAGUCCUGCCAAGCCAGAUGUCCCAGCGAGGGUAACGGAGCUGUCGGGCUGCACCGGGACCGCCCCGAGGAGUGACCUCACCCUGCCAGAGCAGCCCGUGAGCCCCAUCCCCACCGUGUCCCCUGUGCCCCCGCCCCUCAGCACCCCAGGGGACACUUUUCCUAUCCCACAGCUUGGUGUCGGUGGUGGUCGGAUGGAUUCCUUCCCUGGCAGCACUCCUGCCAUGGGCCAGCCUGCCCCCUUCGCCCCCCCGGAGCUCCGAGUGGGACCCAGGGGAGUCAUUGCCGUGAAGGUGGGUGCAGCCCAGCCAUGUCCCCUGUGCCCAUCCCUUUUCCCAAGGAAGCACGUUCCCGACCCGCUGCAUCCCACAGAAGCCACUGGCAUACAGCACUGUCCACAACAAGUUCCUGAACAAGCUCUCGCCGCUGGCCCCCGUAGCACCAGGCUGGUGGGCACAGCCUCCAAUCACCUGGGCCCCGAGAUCUGUGGAGGGCAUCCAGAUCCCGAGUCCCAGUGGCUUCAGCACCAACAACCGCCCCACCAUCCUGUGGCGCAUCGAUGACCCCCUGACGUGACCCCCCAAAAAGUGCUGCUGCGUCCUGGGAAUCCCAUCCUCGGCUUUUCCCAAAUCCCCGUAGGAGGAAUAAAGACCCUGCGUGAUGCCA